AUGACCCAGCUUGAGCGGUACGCUCAGAUGAUGAAAGUGGACCUGGGGCAGGUAAAAGCUAAUGUCGGUUUUUCGGUUUCUUCCGAAGGUUCGGUGCUUCGACAAACGGUUCAGGCCAAGGCGGAAAAGAUCAACAUUCACUACGACGUAGUUUCUAAUGACCCUCCGGACCGGGUGGCCGGCCUCAUGCGGAACGCCCGCAACGGUUGUUAUGCCCGCCAGUCCUUCGGGCGCCCUGAGUUGUUCGAAGACACCAUCAACUUGAAUGGCGAGCCAUUUGACCUGGCUGACUACCCGGCUCCAGGCGGCAACUAA